CCUUUCUUGAACGAGUCUCGGUCCAAGCUUUCUGAUUCUCUGUUUCUCCUCCUUCACGGCAAAACCAUCUCCGUAAAAUUUAGAGCAAACACGGAGGAGGAAUGAUUGAGUGGAUGAAUAUAGCGCUGCCGGUUGUUGCCGCCGUGUUUCUUGCAAGCAGUUUGGGUAUUUUUGUGUGGCGGUGGUGUUGCUAUAAACAACGGAGAGAUUUUUCCGACCGGACUCGGGCUAGUCUUGAGAACUCCCAAGCCGGAAUUUUGAAGCUUCAGCAACCAAGUCUGCAUCAUCAACUCGAUUUAGACGGUAGGAAAGUUGGGAAUUACUAUGUUCUCCGACGUGGGGUCUCGGCAAAACCUUUGUUCAAUUGGGCUGAUCAUCCGUCGCUGGUCACCGAAGCCGUCGAGAAUGGAUGGUCUAGAUUUGGGUUCACCAGCUACAUACCGUCGCCAUCCACGAGAUCAAACCUGUUGGGUAUAUGCGCAGCGGGAGAGUAUGGAAGGGGAAACGAUGUGGAGGUAAGUUGGGAAGUGUGUCAGGGAUCGGAGGAUUUUAUGCAGAAAAUUAGGCUAAAUUCAGGGUUAAAGAAGGCGGGCGCAACCCAACAUUCUACGGGGGCAGCCGCCGCGAUCAGAACAGCUUUGCCGUUACCAGGGCCACCGUUGGGGGACUCUGCUUUCCCUCAAGAGGCGUAUUUUGAGAUCACAAUUCUGUACUGUCGCCGCCGCGAUAAUGAUCUGGAGGGUGAGAGAAUCAAACUCAUCCAUGAAAAUUUCAAAGCAAUGACGAAUUCAGAUUCUGAGGAAACGAAACUUGAAAGCGACGCAGUGAUGAUGUCAGUUGGGCUAACAGCCGGUGGCCCUCUUCCCUUGAAACUCCCUGGAAGCUAUCCUGGGUCCAUUGGAUUCAAUUCAGAUGGUUCUGUCUUUCUAGAUGGGAUUGAAGCUAUGUUUGGAUCGGAGAAAGAAGACUGGGGGAAACCAGAGAAAGUGAUUGGUUGCGGGUUCGAUCCGAGGCAAAAGAAAGUGUUUUUCACUGUAGAUUCAGAGCUGGUACAUGUGAUAAAUUGCAAAACAGAGGAAUUCGGAAGUCCCCUGUAUCCAACUCUUGCAGCAAACGACGAUGUUCUUGUUCUAGUCAAUUUUGGACAGAGUGCAUUCAUGUAUUCACCGGCCAAUGCUCACCGGACAUCUAACCCUUGUUUCAUUGGCCCCCUUGUGAAUACCCCUUCCCUUGGGUUAGAAGACAGCAAAGAGCUGUUUUCAAUGGGGAGAAUUGAUUCUCAGUGGCUUCACCGGAACUUGACCAAGGGAAGCCUCAAUGGUGGCACUAACAAUUCGGCAAUGGAAUUUGACGAGGAGUCGGAGGCUGAUUUGUUUGAAAUUGUCCUGGAUAGUCAUAGCACCCGAAGAUCACCCAAUAGAGUAUUAUAAUAUUAUAGCUUCCGGAAUUGACAAUUUUGGUUGUGAUGGAGGAGUUUGAACAACAGAAACUCCAUGAAUUCACUGGAAAGUUGCAAUCUUGAACAGCUUGUUCAUAUUCACAAUACAUCAAAGAAACAGGUAUAUGAAGAAUACAGGUGUUUUUCUGCAAAUUGUUCUUUGUCAAAUUGUAACUCUCUCUGGAUAAAGCAUAUGACAUUGUUCAUACCGGAUGAGAUGUUUAUUGAUCUCAGGCAUUUCGGAAUGAACUCUUAAGAUUUUA